AGUGACCGGAUCGGUGUCGUUCCGUUCAAACCAGCGCAGUUCCAUAGUUCUAAUGUGUUAAUGGUCUGCUCCAAGUGUUCAUGCUAUUGCACAGCUAGAUGCCUAUGCGUGCCUAAUCAUGGGCGAAUAACCGUUGCCUACAGAUCGGCACACAGGAUCAAAAUGACAGCCCCGGGCGGCCUGCAGCCUUUAGUGAUUCUAACAAGUCGAGAAAGUCUAACCUCAUCCCGAAAUGAUAACUGUCGCCGUUCCUCCGUUCUGGAGCUCCCCGCUGGAGGAUCCAGCGCGGAGUUCCUCCUUCGUCGCCACUGAAGUCCCGGCACUCGGACUCAAUGAGUCCACCGGGUUUCAGCUUGCGGCGUUCUCUCUCCAUGGAUCACAGGACAUUUUCGGUACGGAAGAACUGCCCUCAAUCGACGAGAGUCUUUUCGAUCUCGUCGAGGUGCCUGAGCUUGAGGAAAUUGAAGUGAAUGAGCGUAGUUCACCUGCCGCGAUCGCUCCUCUGGAUGACCUUAUGCUUGAAGAGAUCCCCGCGCUCGAAGACCCGAUUCCAACCGAGCCCGUCCUCGUCAACGACCAGCAAUGGUUCGAUUGGACGAAGCAGACCGGAGCAAGCUCGCCUGUGCAGGCUUGGGACACCGAACGGAAAAAUCCUCCGCCUCCAGAAGUCUCUACACCGAUCUUCGUGGUGAGCGACGACACGCUGUUCGAGAAAGAAGAAAUCGUUUCGUCGUCUCCGGUUGCCACGUACGUGGACAGUUGCGGUUCAGAGUCCCCAAUGUCGUGUUACAGCGCGGUCAGUGACGAACUCGGGGCACCGUCUGAGAAGAGGCGCCGAGUCUCUCAAAUAUCAAUGUCAUCGUACUGCUCGUCGAACGGAGAUUCCACUUGGUCACCAACGUCUGCUUCGGAUAGCGAUGUGGACUCACGUCGCGGCGGCCGCAAGUCGCGUUUUUCGCCUGAAGAUCGUAAAGAGCGCAAGAAGGCUCAGAACCGAACCGCCGCGGAGCGAUACAGGCAAAAGAGGAAAGUCCAGGAGGAAACGAUCGACGAGGAAGAGCAACAGCUCAUCGACGGAAACAACGAGCUCAAGACCGAGGUGACGAAGCUCCAAGCCGAAGUAUCGUGUCUGAAGCGACUCAUGCGAGAGGUGCUGCAGGCGAAGGGAGUCAUCAUCCCCCCUAGAAAGGAAACUAAAGCUCAAUUGGCAAACUAACUCUCCUUAUUAUUCUUCAAUGGGAAGAAAAUCAAGCAAUCGAACGCAUCUAUUUAGUUUCACUUUAUUAUCAUUUUGAAUAUCGAAUAUGAAAUCAAUCUUCGUUAGCCGAUUACACCGAUUGAGCGGUAAGCUCGCCCAUCAGCCUAUUCAAGCAAUCGAUGGGGUUUCUGGUGAGCGAGCUGAGCGCGCUCGAUUUAUAGAAAUUCAUAUUCUACGAUUCUCAUAAUUUCCUCCCCCUGUAUAUUCGGUCAAUAAACGGCGUUAGACUUACUCGAA